UACUGAUUAUCUGGCGUUAGCAAAAACAACCAAGCACAUAUCUCUCUCUUUACUUUUGUUUUCAAUAUUAAGACAUCUUACACACCUCGGUGCUCCCCACUCCACUGAAUCACAAUCACCGGAAUAUAAUCUAUAAACUAUAAUAUCCAACUCUCCGGCAAUUCACCGUUGACGAAUCAAGCGCCAAUGUCUCAAAAUUCAUCGGAGAACGGCACCGACGGCGACGACGAGAGAGACGAAGAGGAAGAAGACGAAGAUUCAGUAAUCGAAGAAGAAGAGGAAGAUGAGCCGAGAUUGAAGUACCAGCGCAUGGGCGGCAGCGUGCCGGCGCUUUUAUCCGGCGACGCCGCUUCUUGUAUUGCCGUCGCCGAACGUAUGAUCGCUCUCGGUACUCGCGCUGGUUCCGUGCAUAUUCUCGAUUUUCUCGGCAAUCAGGUCAAGGAGUUCACUUCUCAUACUGCUACGGUCAAUGAUCUUUGCUUUGACAUAGAAGGUGAAUACAUUGGUAGCUGUUCAGAUGAUGGAUCUGUUGUAAUAAACAGUCUAUUUACUGAUGAGAAACUGAAAUUUGAUUAUCAUCGCCCAAUGAAGGCUAUUGCUCUAGAUCCAGAUUAUGCCAGAAAUUCCUCCCGAAGAUAUGUUGCUGGCGGUUUAGCCGGCCAUCUAUAUUUCAAUAUGAAGAAGUGGAUUGGUUACCGUGACCAGGUUCUUCACUCUGGUGAAGGUCCUAUUCAUGCAGUCAAGUGGAGGACAAGUCUGGUUGCUUGGGCUAACGAUGUUGGAGUGAAAGUUUAUGAUACCGCAAGUGAUCAACGUAUAACCUUUAUUGAGAGACCGCGUGGAAGCCCACGCCCUGAGCUUUUGCUUCCGCACUUAGUUUGGCAGGAUGAUAGUCUACUGGUCAUUGGUUGGGGAACAUACGUGAAAAUUGCUUUGAUAAAAAAUAAUCAGAACAAAAGCACCAAUGGGACUUACAAGCACAUACAAAUGUCCAGCAUGAACCAGGUGGAUAUAGUGGCGUCUUUUCAAACCAGUUAUUACAUUUCAGGAAUUGCACCCUUUGGAGAUACUUUGGUUGUUCUAGCUUAUAUUCCUGGAGAAGACAGUGAGAGGGAAAUUAGCAGCAGCAUUCCUUCACGCCAGGGAAAUGCUCAGAGACCAGAAGUGCGUGUAGUCACUUGGAACAAUGAUGAGCUUGCAACAGAUGCACUGCCUAUUAAUGGCUUUGAGCAUUAUAAGGAAAAUGAUUAUUCCCUUGCUCAUGCUCCAUUUUCAGGAAGCAGCUAUGCAGGUGGUCAGUGGGCAGCUGGUGAUGAGCCAUUGUAUUAUAUUGUAUCCCUUAAAGAUGUAAUAAUUGCAAAGCCUAGGGAUGCAGAAGAUCACAUAGCUUGGCUUCUUGAACAUGGUUGGCAUGAAAAAGCUCUAGCAGCAGUUGAAGCAGAAAAGGGACACAGUGAGCUUCUUGACGAAGUGGGUUCAAGAUAUCUUGAUCAUUUGAUCGUGGAGAGAAAAUAUGCUGAAGCUGCAUCAUUAUGCCCCAAGUUGUUACGUUCUUCAGCAUCUGCAUGGGAAAGAUGGGUUUUCCAUUUUGCCCAUCUCCGCCAGCUUCCUGUUUUGGUUCCUUAUAUACCUACAGAGAAUCCAAGGUUGCGUGAUACUGCAUAUGAGGUUGCUCUUGUUGCUCUGGCAACAAAUCCAUCAUUCCAUAAGGAACUUCUCUCGACCAUUAAAUCUUGGCCUCCUAUAAUUUAUUCUGUGGAGCCUGUCAUCUCAGCCAUAGAACCUCAGCUUAAUACUUCAUCCAUGACUGAUACCCUCAAAGAAGCUUUGGCAGAGAUAUAUGUUAUUGAUGCACAAUACGAGAAAGCCUUUGCACUUCAUGCUGAUCUUUUGAAGCCGGAUACGUUCGAGUUCAUUGAAAAACAUAAUUUGCAUGACACAGUUCGGGAAAAGGUUGUAGAAUUGAUGAAAAUAGAUUGUAAACGAGCAGUUUCGUUGUUGAUCCAGCACAGGGAGUUAAUUACUCCAUUUGAAGUUGUUUCACAACUUAUGGCUGCAAAGGACGACUCCAGAUACUUUUUACAUCUAUAUUUGCAUUCUCUCUUUGUAGCUAACCCUGAUGCAGGGAGGGAGUUCCAUGAUAUGCAGGUUGAGCUGUAUGCGGACUAUGAUCCAAAGAUGCUCCUUCCUUUUCUACGCAGUAGUCAGCAUUAUAUGCUCGAGAAGGCAUAUGAAAUCUGUAUUAGCAGAGGUCUGGUGAGGGAGCAAGUUUUUAUUCUUGGGAGAAUGGGAAAUUCCAAACAAGCCCUUGCAGUUAUAAUUAAUGAUUUAGGAGAUAUAGAAGAGGCUAUUGACUUUGUGAGUAUGCAACAUGAUGAUGAACUUUGGGAAGAAUUGAUCAAACAAUGUAUAAAUAAACCUGAAAUGGUAGGUGUUUUGUUGGAGCAUACGGUCGGCAAAUUUGAUCCACUUUAUAUCGUCAAUAUUGUGCCUACUGGCUUGGAGAUUCCCCGUUUGAGGGAUCGUCUGGUCAAAAUAAUAACAGACUACAGGACUGAAACUUCUCUUAGACAUGGGUGUAACGAUAUACUUAAGGCUGAUAUUAUUAACCUGUUAAUUAAAUACUAUAAAGAAGCAAGACGUGCUAUCUACAUGAGCAACGAAGAAGAUGAAGUACGUUCUAAAAGGGAUGACAAUAGGGCUUCUCAUUUGACAGAGAGAUCACUGAACAUGAAAAGCAUGGAUGUUAAGUCAAAAACUAGAGCAGGUGGAAGGUGUUGCGUGUGUUUUGAUCCCUUUUCCAUACAGAAUGUAUCUAUCAUUGCAUUCUAUUGUUGUCAUGCUUAUCACAUGAAUUGCCUUAUGGACUCUGCCAAUACCUAUAAUGACAAGAAAACGCCAGCAGCCAGUACCCAAGAGGCUGUAUCAUAUUAUGACUAUGACAAUGGUGAUGCCGAAGAUGCUUCCAGUGAUGAUGAUGCUUCAGGUGCCCCUCAGAUGCGAUGUAUAUUGUGUACAACAGCUGCAAGUUAAGUACUUUGGUGUUAGUGUUCCAUUUGUGUUCUAUGAGCUGUGGUAGUGUUUAAAUGCAUUGUGAGUUGUAUUGCUUCCAAGUGCAAGCCUCUUUAUGUUGCCGUUGAAUCGGCUAUUGCCCUUAGAUUGUUUUCAGAAGAAAAAAACAUAUCUGGUUGAUUAGGGGAUUAUUGGAGUGAGGAUUUUUUGUAAAGGAUGUAGUUUUUGUAGAUCUUGUUGAAGUUGAGAAGAUCGAAGUGCAGCUUUUGGUGUUGAAAAUUUAAACAAAAUGGGGAACCCCGAGGAAACUGUUGUUCUUUAUAUCCAUGUUCAUAUGUAAAAAGUUGUGAAUUUACAAAAUUUUGAAGUCCUAGAGCAAUAUAUCUUUUAACUUUGGUUGCAUUGUAAACUACAUUGUCAAUCGAUUCAGAGGCUAUAAACUGAUCUGGUAUAUUUCCGUGAAUACUAUUUUUCAUAUUGACUCUGCA